AUGACUUAUCCUACAACCAAACAAGUCGAAGUUCCCACCCCUUCAGAGGUCGGCGAAGCCUCCCCCUUGAUCUCGUCCACCCCUGACAACUGCCACUCUAAAACUAAAAGGCCCAUUUCUGGCAUCCUCUCGGUGCUUCUCAUCGGCGUCUUCGUCUCGCAGACCGACACUUUCCUCGUUCUCGCAGCAUACGGUUCCAUUACAGCCGAGUUUAAUGACCUCAAGAAUGCAAGCUGGCUGUUCUCUAGCUAUAUGCUCGCCACCUGUGUUGGGCAGCCCCUGUACGGCAAGCUGAGCGACAUCUUUGGUCGCAAAGCGAUGCUUCAGACCUCUUAUGUCUUCUUUUCAGGAGGCAGCAUCAUCUGUGGUGUGGGAACUUCGACGUCGCAGAUAAUUUUCGGCCGAGUCAUCCAGGGGAUUGGAGGGGCGGGCAUGGUCUCUCUGGUCUCCAUCUUGAUCACAGAUCUUGUACCCCUGAGAGACGUCGCAACCUAUCGAAGCUAUGUCAACAUCGCCCAGACCGCGGGCCGCUCGUCGGGCGGAGUUAUCGGCGGCUCCCUCACUCAGACGAUCGGCUGGCGAUGGGCUUUCCUAUGCCAGGCCCCCUUAACCAUUAUCGCCAUAGCACUCGUCGCCUUCAAGCUGCCCGACACGCACGUUACUACCACGAAAACAUGGAGAGCCUCUCUCAAGCGUGUCGACUUUUCUGGCGCUGCGACCAUGAGUUGUGCCAUCCUUUGCCUGCUGCUGGUUCUCGACAUGGGAGGGAACAAACGGUCCUGGUCGUCGCCCACCCUUGUCUCACUCGCCGUUCUGGGAGUUUUAUUCGGCGCUCUGUUCUGCGUCGUUGAAAAGUUUUGGGCAACUGAGCCCGUCUUCCCACUUCACCUCCUGGCGAACGGACAUGUGGCCACCUUUUACUCGGUCAUGAUACUUUGCUGCUCUACACUGGCUGGUAUGAUGAUGUUUGUUCCUCUAUACUUUCAAGUUACAAGUAACGUUUCUCCCACGACUGCCGGUGCAUCCCUCAUCCCAUCUGUUCUGGGCAACACCCUCGGUGCUUUGCUCACUGGCGCUUACAUCAAGAAAACCGGUCGGUACAAGAUUCCGUGCAUCGUCUCCGGACUCUGCUCUUCUAUCGCUUGGUCGCUAUUGCUUGUCUGUUGGCGUGGGUCGACCCCGACCUGGCAGACGCUGUUUCUCUUCCCUGGGGGCUUCGGUAUCGGUCUUGCUCACGCUUCUUUGUACAUCGGACUCGCAGCUAGUGUUGAGAAAGCAGACAUGGCGAUUGCGGGAACCGGAUAUUAUCUAUGUGGCAACAUUGGUGCUGUCGCUGGCUUGAGCGCACACAAUGCUCUGUUCCAGACCACUCUGCAACACUCUCUCAAAGUCAAGCUUGAUGGUCUUGUAGAUGGCGAUGAAAUUGCCCAAAGAGCGAUGGAAUCUCUGGAUUAUGUCAAGAACCUCACGGGCGAGGUGAGGGAGAUGGUUACGGAGGCGUACGUCAACGGCUUUCAUGCAACGUAUGCCUUGCUUAUAGUCACGGCUGUUAUUACUGUAGUCGUGUAUCUGGGGAUUUGA